UGGUCAGGCUAAUAAAGAAGAAUCUCAUAACGAAACAAUAAAUCCUUCAAAACCACCUAAUUGUGAUGGUUUAGUUAUUGAUCAUGCCAAUAAAGAAGAAUUUUAUAUGGAAGCAAUAAAUCCUUUAAAACCGACUGACUGUGAUGAUUUAGUCAGUGAUCAUGCUAAUAAAGAAGAAUUUCAUAAUGAAGCAACAAAUCCUUCAAAAUUGCCCGAUUGUGAUGAUUUAGUCAGUGAUCAUGCCAAUGAAGAAUUUCAUAGUGAAGCAACAAAUCCUUCAAUAUCACCCGAUUGUGAAACGAUAUAUGAUUCAAUUAGUGGUCAGCCUAACAAAGAAUUUCAUAACGACCGUUUAAAACCGCCCAGUUAUGAAACGAUAUAUAAACCAGAUAUUAAAUAUUCCGAAUUAACCGAUCUUAGACCGUUUGAAUCAGGAGGUUUUGGAGUUGUUUAUAAAGGACAAUGGAACGGAUUAUGCGUAGCAGCAAAAUUUGUUAAACGUGGAGGUUCUUCUACAGAAUUGAAUAAUAAAGAUUUUAAUCGCGAGUUGGAUGCCUUAAGGAAAUCUAAGGAUUGUAAAGAGCAUAUUAUCCAAUUCUAUGGAUUGUCCCAAGCAAAAUCUUCAAAGUUCGUUUAUUUAAGGUUAGGGUUAACAUAUAGACUAAAGAUUGCCUUGUAUCCUGAAUCGAGAAAUUAUAUUUUGGUCAUGCAAUUUGCAGAGAAUGGCACUCUAAAUGAUUAUCUAAAGGAACAAAAAGAGCAGCUAAGCUUAAAAAGAAAACUUUAUUUAAAUCAAGCUAUUCUUAAAGGGUUAAAAUUCUUGCAUGAUCUGAAUAUAGUGCACAGAGAUUUGCUUAUUGAAAAAGAUCCUGGACGAUCCUGUACGGAAGAAGAUAUUCUGCUCUACACGGAAAAGGAUAUUCCGUUAACAGAAUCUCCACUACAAUGUUCUACUAUUCUGUCAAAUAAUACUACACAAAUGCAAUUACCUCUGAUUUCGAAAGAUAUGUUUUUAUCAUUUUUUGAAAGAGUUCAUCACCUAAAAAGAACAUGGGUACCAGUUAACAUGCAACUUAAUAAAACAAUGUGUAGAAAAUUAGGUCAAUGCAUUAUUGACGCUGAACACAUUACUUGUUCGCUUGAAAAUCAAUUUGACAUUAACGCUGAUGAUCCAUUUAUAACAUUAGAGAAUUAUUUAUCAUUUAAAGCUUUUUUACGAAAUUUACAGAGCAUCAAAAAUUUUAUUGAAAAUAUUUCUCAAAUUGGGGGGUUAAAAUCUUUUAUUCGUGUGACUGAUUCGAAAAUUUCAUUGAAUCAACUAAAAAAUUGGUAUAUUAAAUUACUUAAAGAGUUUAGUGAAUCCAUGUCGUCUCUCAAUUUCGAGUGUCGAAUCGAUAAACAAGUUUUAGAUAUCAACAAGGAAAUUGAUUAUGAUAUUGAAGAAACAAUCAAGUUUAUCGAAGCACUUCAACACAAUUUUGAUGAAGUCGAUUCCAUAUUUGAAUUUAUUGAUCAGAUAAAUGCCAAUAUUAAGAAUGUUUCUAUUAAUGAUGAUUUAUUUUAUAACCAAUCAAUGGGGUCUAUAAUGGAAUUUAAAGAUAGAGGCAUUCAAAAAGCAAAUGAUGGUAGCAUCAUAAUCAUAAGACAGUUUGAGUUUCAUCAAGAUGAAAAGAAUGAUAUAUUUGUUCAAGUUGCACUUUUAAAAGCUUUAAAAGAUUUAGUGAACAUAGCCAAAUUUUAUGGAAUCAUACAAGACACAUCAUCUCUUAACUCAAGAUAUGUGAUCACAGAAUGGUCAGAUCAUGGCAGUUUAAGGGAAUAUUAUGUGAAGCAUAAACCUCUGGAUCUUUUGACUAAGUUAAUAUUUGCAUUUGACAUAUGCAAUGGAUUGGUGUUUCUAAAUGCAGUAAAUUUUCUACAUCGAGAUAUUAGGCCUGAAAAUAUAUUGAUUUCUGGUGCAAGAAAUCUUAAGGCCAAAAUUACAAACUUUUUUCAUGGUCGAUUAAUGACAGAUGAAACGAAAAAUGUCGGUGUUGGGCCCGGAAUCAGAUACAUAGCACCAGAAAUAUUAAAACGAAAUACACGCACUCAUACUCGUUCAUCUCAUCCAACUGACAUUCACGAAAAACAUAAAAUAAAAUACGAUUUCAAUUGUGAAACUUAUAGCUUUGGAGUGGUUCUUUGGGAACUUGCAAAUGAAAAAAUUCCAUUUGAUAAUUAUGAUGUUCACUUUAUAAAAAAUAAAAUCAAUCAUAAAAACCACCAAUGGAAUUUUGAUAAUUCUAUACCAAAAGAAUAUAUUGAAAUCAGUAAAAAAGCGCUUAAUUAUACACCAAGCGACCGUCCAACGAUAUGCAAUAUUCUCAAAGUCUUAUAUAACCUAGUAAAUGAUGCAAGGAAGAUUCCGAAAGUGAUCGUUUCGAAUUAUAAUUAA